GGAGGAGUCAAAUGAAGUCAUCGUUUCUUUUCUUGCUAUAAGUAAAACAUCUCUAACCUCUUCUCCAUUGUACUUUAACUAUGGCUUCCCCCAGAUUCUUCUCUCUCCUCUCCAUCGUCACAAUCUCUCUUCUCCUCACUACUACCCAUACUUCCUCCCGCUCUCUACAAACUCCACAUAAAACGACCGUACUCAACGUCGUUUCAUCUCUCCAACAAACACAACACAUCCUCUCCCUCCAUUCCUCACUCCCCACCACCACAACCACCAGACCCGAGUUCGAAUCCAAAUCAAUCCCACUUUUCCUCAACUCAUCCUCUCCACUCUCUCUCCAGCUCCACUCCCGAGACACCCUCCUCCCAUCAAACCACAAAGACUACAAAACCCUAGUACUGAGUCGACUCGCGCGUGACUCAUCCCGAGUCGCCGCAAUCGCCGCGAGAGUCCGAUUCUCCGUCGACAGAUCCGACUUCAAACCCGACGGCGAGACCCGAUACAACGCCGAGGAUCUAACGUCGCCCGUCGUCUCCGGAGCUAGCCAAGGAAGCGGCGAGUAUUUCUCGAGGAUCGGAGUCGGAACUCCGGCGAAGGAGAUGUACAUGGUGCUCGACACCGGGAGCGACGUGAACUGGAUCCAAUGCAAGCCUUGCUCCGACUGUUACGAACAAUCCGACCCGGUUUUCGACCCGGCUGCUUCUUCUACGUACAAGCCGCUAACUUGCGCGGCUCCACAGUGCGCUCUUUUAGAAGUCUCCACGUGUCGCUCGAGCAAAUGUCUUUAUCAAGUUAGUUACGGAGACGGAUCGUUUACCGUUGGAGAAUACGCGACCGAUACGGUGACGUUUGGUGACUCGGGUAAAGUGAACGACGUCGCUUUGGGGUGUGGGCAUGAUAACGAAGGUUUAUUCGUGGGAGCGGCCGGUUUACUCGGUUUAGGAGGUGGAGCUUUAUCGAUGCCUAAUCAGAUCAACGCGACGUCGUUUUCGUACUGCCUCGUCGAUCGCGACUCGGGGAACUCGUCGAGCCUCGAUUUCAACUCGGUCCGAAUCGGCGACGGAGACGCGACGGCGCCGAUUGUCCGUAACAGCAAGGUCAAGACUUUCUACUACCUCGGACUCAGCGGAUUCAGCGUCGGCGGCGAGAAAGUCUCGAUCCCGUCGUCGGUGUUCGAGGUCAACGACGCGACGGGAGAGGGAGGAGUGAUCAUGGACUGCGGAACCGCCGUGACUCGGCUUCAGACGGAGGCGUAUAACUCGCUCCGCGACGCGUUCGUUAGACUCGCGGCGGAUUUCAAGAACGCGACGUCGAGCAUCUCGCUGUUCGACACGUGUUAUGAUUUCUCGGAUAUGUCGUCGGUGAAGGUUCCGACGGUGGCGUUUCAUUUCACGGGAGGGAAGUCGAUCGAUUUGCCGGCGAAGAAUUACUUGAUACCGAUUGAUGAUGCGGGGACGUUUUGCUUCGCUUUUGCUCCGACGUCGUCUUCGUUGUCGAUUAUUGGGAACGUGCAGCAGCAAAGUACACGUAUCACUUACGAUCUAGCGAAUAAGCUUGUUGGGUUGUCACCGAAUCAAUGCUAAAUGUGAAAUGAUUGAGUAGUUUUACAUAUAUCAGUAAAACUUGGAGUGAGAAACAAAAUCUCAAGUGUGAAUUUUUCUUCUUCUUUUUUUUUUCUACUUAUAAAUUACUCAUAUGUUACCGACUAAUAAUAGAAUUAUUAUUAGAGUUAUGUUUACUUUGGAAUAUAUUUGUCUGAGCUGCAGGUUUUAGUUUUUGUUUGUAAGUUUUUGUGAGAAAGAGCCUUAUUGUAAGUUUGUAACUAAACAAGUCUUAAGAAAACUUUUUUUUGUGGCCCUGUCUUCUAUAUUAUAUAACUAUUGUCAAUCCCCCAAAGUCCCAACGGUAUGAAAUGAAAAAUCAAUGUUAACAGUAAAGGUUUUU